UCACGAUUGAUGGAAGUCGCGAAUCGGUCAGGUGCAAUGACAUCAUUGGCCAAUUCUGUCACCGCGGCUCGGCCACGGGCCCCGCAAUCGCAUUUCUCGGCGUCCCGAGAAUCGGGCCAAGGGUUAAGUUAGGAAAAGGCUGUGGUGCCCAGACACUGCUUUGAGUCUUGACAACCACCGCACGCGACACCCAACACAUCCAAGAAUGUCGCGCGAGACGGCCAAAGACGAUGCACAUCCGGCGGUCAAGGGGCCCAGUGCCCUGAGGUCGAUCAUCGCCGGCUCUACGGCUGGCGCUGUCGAGAUUGCAAUUACAUACCCGGCCGAAUUCGCCAAGACCCGGACGCAGCUCAAUCGCAGGUUAGCCGAGGGGCAAAAGCUGCCAUGGCCACCGUUCGGCAGGCAAUGGUACGCCGGGUGCACGACUCUGAUCAUUGGCAACUCGCUCAAGGCGGGGAUCCGAUUCGUCGCAUUUGACCAGUACAAAAAGCUCCUCGCCGAUGCUGAGGGCAAGAUGACCGGUCCACGGACCGUACUAGCAGGUUUCGGCGCCGGGGUGACCGAGUCGCUGCUCGCCGUCACGCCGACCGAGAGCAUCAAGACGACUCUCAUCGACGACCGCAAAUCCGCCAAACCCCGCCUGCGCGGCUUUCUGCACGCCGUGCCCAUCAUCGCGCGCGAGCGGGGCAUCCGCGGGUUUUUCCAAGGUUUCGUCCCAACAACGGCACGGCAGGCAGCCAACAGCGCGACGCGGUUCGGGUCGUACACGGCACUGAAACAGCUCGCUGAGGGGUACACGGCGCCGGGGGAGAAGCUGGGCGCGCUGAGCACGUUUGCCAUGGGCGGCAUCGCGGGGCUGAUCACGGUGUACGUCACGCAGCCGCUCGACACGGUCAAGACGCGCAUGCAGAGCAUCGAGGCGAGGAAUCUGUACGGGAAUUCGUUCCGCUGUGCAAGUAUCAUUUUUCGUCAGGAGGGGUUGUUGACGUUUUGGAGCGGGGCGCUGCCGAGGUUGGCGAGGUUGAUUAUGAGUGGGGGGAUUGUGUUUACGAUGUAUGAGAAGAGUAUGGAGUUGAUGGAUCGGUUGGAUCCGGAGAAGAGGUAUCUUUGAUGGGCUAGAUGGGGGGAGGCGUUUGGGGUAUCUUCUUCCGUUGGAGCGGGUUUGAGUAUAUGUAUUUCGAGAUGCAUUGGUAGACAAAAGGUGUUUGUACACAGAUCAUGCUGUCAUAUGGUGGUAAUACAUAAGGUAUAUGCCUCCCC